GUGAUCGUUGCUUCUCUCGCACUCUCUCUCUCUCUCUCUUUCCCUCCACACCUAAACCCAAAUCCCUCAAAUCCGUCGAUCCAGUCUCUCUUGAUCUCUCAUUCGAGAUGGAUUUGAGGGCCAAUGACAUUUCGAUCGUCUUCACCAUUUUUUCACUCUUAUUCUUGUCGAGAAUCAGCAAUGCCUCUAUCCACAUCUACCACAGGGACCCCUUCAAGGAAGUCGGCAACGCUUUCCUUCUCUCCGGCGGCAGCGAAGGCGUCGCCGCUUCUAUCUCCACUGAAGGUUCCUCUGCCGACUCCCCUCACGAUGGCCGCUCCUUUAUCCGGUUUGAGAACAUCACAUUCUGGAGAACCAAGGUUGCAGCAGAUGAGCGUUCGGACAUGGAGCACAGUACAGGAUUGAUACAAGUUGUGAUUUUUGAGGCUGCUGAUCGCAAUAAUAUUGGUGGUUCUGCUUAUGGUGGACAAAGAUCAAUAUGUUGCACCCCUGAUCUGGCAAAAGUGGAAGGUUGCAAACAAGGCGAAGUCAUUAGGAUACCUUCGGCUACAAACAUUAACUGGCCAAUCGUUCUUAAUGUACAGUUCAGUGAGAGCUACUUAUCGACAAAUAUGGAUCAUGCUGAGGUUUACAUCACAAAGACUGGAAUGUAUAACUUGUUAUUCAUAGCUUGUGAUCCAAAACUCAAGGGACUUUCAAUGAGUGGGAAGACAACAUGGAAGAAUCCAGAUGGUUAUUUGCCUGGUCGGAUGGCCCCACUGAUGACGUUUUAUGUUAUUAUGCUACUUGCUUAUUUGUUACUUAGUGUCAUUUGGUUCUCACAGUAUGCAAGGUUUUGGAAGGACAUAUUGAAACUUCAACAUUGCAUCACAGCUGUUAUUGUUUUGGGUUUAUUUGAGAUGGUUUUCUGGUACCUUGAGUAUGUAAAUUUUAACAAUACUGGCAUGAGACCAGUUGUUCUUACAACUUGGGUUGUAACCAUUGGAGCUGUGAGAAAAGCAGUUUCUCGCAUUCUUAUACUUUCUGUUUCAAUGGGUUAUGGUGUUGUGCGGCCCACGCUUGGUGGUCUUACGUCAAAGGUGCUUCUUCUUGGAAUAACUUACUUUCUGGCAUCUGAGUUACUGAAUAUUACAGAAUAUGUUGGAACCAUUAAUGACAUUUCAGGAAGAGCAAGACUCUUUCUUGUUCUUCCUGUUGCCUUUCUGGAUGCUUUUCUGAUAUUAUGGAUUUUUACAUCUCUUUCAAGAACAUUAGAGCAGUUACAGGUGAAAAGAAGUUCUGUUAAGCUGGAUAUCUACAGAAAGUUCUCAAAUGCUUUAGCUGUGACAGUGAUUGCAUCUGUUGCUUGGAUAGUUUAUGAGGUAUAUUUCAAAGCAACUGAUCCAUUCAAUGAGCGGUGGCAGAGUGCUUGGAUUAUCACUGCUUUCUGGGACGUUAUUGCGUACUUGUUGCUUUGUGUUAUCUGCUAUCUCUGGGCUCCAUCUCAGAGCUCUCAACGGUAUGCUUACUCAGAAGAAGUAGGUGAUGACUUGGAUGAUGAAGAAGCUCAGUCACUGACCAGGGGAAAGCCAGAUGGUGAUGUCAGUUUAGUCAAGCAAGAGAAGGAUGAAAAGGAUCCUGGAAAUGCUUCUGAUGUCGACAGUGACGAAGAAGAGGAUAAGAGAGAAUGAUAGCUUUGGAUUUAACAGAGAGCCAUUUCACUCCAGAAUGCCAAAGCAUCGUAUCAGUGUGAGCUAUGGGGUUUGGAACAGCCAGUAAUUCCUGGAGCAACUGAUCAACAACCCUUGUAUUUGGCAUGCGAAGAGGUUUAAACAUUUCUCUUUACUGUACUGUGGUUUUGUUGUUGUGGCACUGUUUAUUUGUUCACAGUUUUGUUCCACUGUGCCAUGUGUAUAGAAAAAUAUCCUGUCGAUGAGUCAUAUGCUUCAUCUAUAA